AUGUCAUCAGAAAUAGAGCCACAUAUUCUCCGUAAGUAUGAGAUUCAGGCACAGUUAGGACAAGGGGCAUAUGGUAUUGUUUGGCGGGCUUCUGACCGUCGUACCCAUCAAGUGGUUGCCCUAAAGAAAAUAUAUGAUGCAUUUCAAAAUGCCACCGAUGCGCAACGUACAUUUCGAGAAAUUAUGUUUCUCCAAGCUUUAAAACAUCCAAAUAUUAUAAAACUUCUUCAUGUGCAUCGUGCUACUAACGAUAAGGAUAUAUAUCUUGUUUUUGAGUAUAUGGAGACGGAUCUCCAUGUUGUCAUUCGUGCCAACAUUCUUGAAGACAUCCACAAACAGUUUAUCAUAUAUCAAUUGCUUAAAACUAUGAAGUAUCUUCACUCUGCUGAGCUGUUACACCGUGACAUGAAACCCUCUAAUCUGCUUGUAAAUAGCGACUGCUCCAUGAAGGUGGCAGAUUUUGGUUUAGCGCGUUCGAUUCUUUCGCUAGAGAAGGAGCAAGUGGCUCGUCCUGUGCUGACGGAUUACAUCAUGACGCGAUGGUACCGCCCACCGGAAAUUCUCCUUGGAUCCACCCGCUACACCAAAGGUGUUGAUAUGUGGGCGGUUGGCUGCAUUCUGGCGGAGCUGAUUCUAGGCCGGCCGAUCUUCCCCGGCCGCACGACCAUGAAACAACUGGAGUUAAUCAUCAGCGUGUUGGGCGAACCAACGGCGGAGGACAUUGCGGCGACGAACUCGCAGUUUGCGGAGGCGAUGCUGCGCGACAUCCGCCGCUCGCAGGUGACGACGUUUGCGGAACUCCUCCCGAAGGCCUCCGCCGACGCCCUCGACUUGGUGGAGAAACUCAUGCGCUUCAACCCCAACGCGCGGCUCACGGCGGAGCAGGCGCUCGAGCACCCGUACGUCGCGGCCUUCCACAAGGCGCAGGACGAGCCGGUCGCCCCCGGGCCCAUCACCAUCGCCCUCCCAGACGACACCCGCUUCACCAUGCAGGAGUACAGGGAGCGGCUCUAUCAGGAGAUCGCAAACGCCAGGCGAAAGGUGCGGCGCGAGGCGGUGGGAGCUCCAGGCGCAAAGGGCGAAGGCGAAGGCACCACCACCAACACACGCACGAACCCAGGCGCCUCCACCACAGGAUCCAAUAAUAACAGUACCAACACCACAUCCGGAGUAGCCGCCACAGCAGCGGGUGCAGAGGAGAAACGGGAAAGAGUGCGGGAAUCCACACAGCCAAGCGGCACCACAACACACACCUCCUCUAGUGCUGCCCCACGGCCAGCCUCCUCAGCCGCCACGCGAUCAGGAAUGGGAAAUGGAGCAAGUCGAACAACAGUGGCCGCACGAUCAUCAGAUGCAGGACGAUCCGUACAUCAUGUCAGACCAGCUGUGUCACGCUAUGGUGUGAAUGGCACUCGUCUUUCACACAAAUAG